AGUGACAGGCGGGCUCUCCCCCAUCCAGUCAGUCGUCGGAGACUCUUCUGCCUGGCGCUACUGGUUCUACUACUCGCGCCGUGCGUCAUUUUUCGGAAAGUGAAGUACUUUUACUUGAACGAAAAUACUAUCAAAUACAAUUUAAGUGCACAGUGUUCACCCUUGUGUGUGUGAUGCAAGUGAAACAUAGCAAUAAGUGACAAAGUAUCAAGUUCAGCAUCUCAAGGAAAGAAAAGAAAGUGUUACAAAGAUACAUUCUCUUCAUGAUUUCCGUAAAGGCCUUAUUUUUCGUAGUGAAGUUUACACGUCCUAUCGUAUUGUGAUUCAGGUGCCAAAGUCAUUGUUCAUUUUCCUCGGAGAUAUACUACAUCCUCUUGUAUGAUUCGUCCAUCUCAUGACGCCAUUUUAAGUAUUUAUUAUUAAUAAGUAUUCUAACUCCUUCGACGGGAAAUUCCUUCAAGCAUUUCACUGUUGCCUUUGAUCCAGUUUACGUUCUCUUUACUUGGGUUGACCCAGCUCUUGAGACGCCAGUUUAAGCAUAACUUUACACUGCUCCGUUGGUCCAGCACUUCAAGCAUCGUCUUAAGCAUACCUUUCAUUAGCCCAUCUCUUGUGACCUGAUUUUAAUCACAUCCGUCUGAUUGGCCCAGCCUUGUGACGUCAUUCUAAAUAGUCAUAGUGUUUUGACGUCUCUCUAUCAGUAUUCCAGCUCUUGUGACGUAUUGAUAUCAUUUCGACAUCGACGACGACGUAGUGACGACGACGAAAUCGACAAGUUUCUUCAGCACUUCGGGUCCUCCUCGACGCGAUUUUCGAGGAUCGCUUCUUCCGUUUCCAUCCGCCCUCUUCUUUCACUCUCUGCUUCGUUAUUCUCCCACAGCUUUGUUAGAGAAGCCGUGUCGUUAGGAAGAAUCCACAGCGAGAGAAAAAUUGCAGGCAUUUUUCAACUGUUCAGCUUCGUAACUCAUCUGAGAUAUGUAUAUAUAAAUCUGCAACUGCAACUGCUAACACUGUUUCAUCUGGAGAACAGAAAACAAGUCAUUUCUCUUAAGAUACAGCAAACUGCUUUUGCAUCUGGUUUGUCAAUUUCAUUUUCGAAUUUGAAAUUUUCGAAAUUCACUGAAAUUGGUACUCUGGAAUAAUGAUUUGGGUGUGAUGUCAUCAAUGAUUUUGUUUUGUUUUGGAACGAAGUUGUCAAUCCUGUCACGUCACUGCACGUCAGCUUUUUUUAAGGCGUCGGUCAGCUGUUUGAGAAGGGAAUACUGAGAACCGUUACUUCCCUGCCAUCCAUCCAGUUGAGAGAAAAUACUGAGAAUCAUUACCUACCCGCCAUCCAAUUGACAGAGGAAUAUUGAUUGUUGUCACUUAUCUGUGUCCUGUUGAGGGAAGGUAACUUAGUGCCGUUACUUCCCUACCAUUCAGUUGGGCUAAGAGAGUAUCAUUAAGACCCAUUACCUAACCGGAAAGAGUUGAUUCUUAAAGAAGAAGAGUGAAGAGCAUUGUUACUCGUAUCUCAAAGAGGAAUUUCUAUAAAGACAUAGUCGCUGCAUUGAGAGAUUUACGGAUGGGAAAUGUGAAAAACAAACACGUAGUUAUAAAGAAAUAAAUUAAGACUGAGAUAUGCCUCGGCGUCUCGGAAAAUGUGUUAUAAUGUAUGAGGAAGCUGUUGACAUGUCGGUAAAAUGAACGAGACAAUUUCUUUAGUGAACUAAGUGAAAUAGAAAAUCGAAGAAAGGAGUAGAAAAAAUAACAGACAAUUAGACGAAGCCCAAAACGAAAUUAAGUAAGCGUUCAAAAGCGAUAGUCAUUCAACUUGUCAGAGAGCGAGUGCAAAACAAAAGUUGAGCGAAUUGAGUGCGAAGGAAAGGAGGUGUUGGUGGAGGAGGAGGAGGAGGAGAGGUAGGAGCAAGAGCAGGAGCAGGAGCAGGAGGGACCUUUGCAUCGCCGACGACCAAGACAGCAUCAACAUAGGGACCCCGGACCACCGCAGCGGUUUGUGGUGUCCCUGGAGGAGGCGACGACGGCGGAGGAGGAACAACGCCGUCGGGAGCGGCAACAGCAGCAGCAGCGGCAGCAGCUACAGCUGCAGCAACAGCACGAGCAACUUCUUGGCCCUGACGGCUGAGAAGGACUCCAGGAGGCUCCACCAUGCCGAAAGUAGUGGUGAAGCCCCUCAAGCCAUGCCUCGGCUCUCCCUCAAGAACAUCAUGGGGUUCAUCUGCUCCACCAAUCGUCAAACAACUCACGCUUCCUUCCAUUCACAUAGGGGUGGAAAAGCAAAAGGAAGGAUUCAGGAUUAGGAAGGAAAGGUAUGAUGGGCCGAGUCUUCUGUGUUGGAGGUGCGGUCAUGGCGGCGUGGUGGGCGGGGUGGGCGGCGCAGGCGGCGGCAGCGUAACGGGGAGCGGUUGGCGCGCCGCCCCGAAAUCGGGGGGCGCAGCUUCCGGACCCGGGUCGCCGCCUGCGAUGUCCAAGGGCCGCUCGCGGGGCUCAUCUGUUACCUCGACGGCUCCUGCUGCCGCCUUCUCCACCACCCUCUCCACCACCACAACCACAACGACGACGACGACGACAACCACGACGACGACAACACCAACCACCACGACGCCGACAACCACCUCCACCAGUACCACCACGACGGCCACCACCGCUGCCACCACCCCCACCACUCCCACCAUGAAUGGUGAGAGGCGGUCGGGUGUCGAAGUGGUGCCCCAGCCGCCCCCUUCUAACAGGCGGUCCGUCCGAACCUCCAACACCUUCACCUCUAGCAUUAAAGGUCUCUUACAGCAGCGAGAGGACUCCGCCGGGGGCCAGGGCGGGGGAGGAGGGGUAGGCGUCUUGACGUCGCUGCGUCGGUCGUUGCCCAGGUCGCGUUCGACGUCGGCCAACGUGGGAGAAGUUCGUCCUGGGCAGGAGGAAGGAGGAGCUGGCGGUCGGCGCAUCACGCUUCCCUCCUUGCGUACCCCGGGAGGUCCUCCCAGGGGCAGGAGGACGCUUUCCAUGUCGAAAAAUAGACGCUCAGUGAUACUGGAGGAGGACAGAGAGGCUCUCAACGGUGAGGAGUCUUUUGGCCCCCUGACGCCGACGUCGGUCUCGGGGGUCAAUCACUCGUGUGGAGGCACUACCACCACCACCACCGCCGCCGCCGCCACCGCCGGCAAGCGGCAGUCCCCGAGGCCUCGACGCUCCCAAAGUGUCCAAGACGGAGAGCGCCAGUCCCUCGCGAGGGCAACAAUUGUGAAACAAUCGAGUGUCGAAGAACAUGUGUUGGAUAACAGUGAACAGGACCAGCAACCGUCGCCUGGGCAGCCCCCGGGAGAUAGGCGUUCGCUCUUAAGCCAAGAAGACGAUCAGGGCGUUGAGCCAAGUAGUGAGAGGCUGGGUGAGGAAAGAACUCGAGAGGCAGGUACUCUUACGGAAAAGGAAAAGUUAGAAGGUGAAAAAGAAGAGAAAGAAAGAGAUGAAAGAGAAGAGGAGGAACGGAGGGCGCCCGUUGAGGACGAGGACGCCGAGGAAGCCGUGGAUAAGUCCCCCGAUGGGCGUUUCCUCAAGUUCGACCAUGAAAUCGGUCGCGGGUCCUUCAAGACCGUCUACAGAGGACUGGACACCGAUGCUGGCGUUGAUGUCGCCUGGUGCGAACUCCUGGAACGGAAAUGGAACAAGAACGAGCGUCAGCGGUUCCGCGAGGAGGCCGAGAUGUUGAAGGGCCUCCAGCAUCCCAACAUAGUGAGAUUCUACGAUUACUGGGAAGUCCACAGUGCCAAGAGGCGCUGCAUCGUCCUCGUCACAGAACUCAUGACCUCUGGCACCCUGAAGCAGUAUCUACGGCGUCUGCGCAAGGUCAACCUGAAGGUGCUAAAGAGUUGGUGCCGUCAAAUCCUGAAGGGUCUCCAGUUCCUUCAUUCGAGGUCUCCUCCCAUCAUUCACCGAGACUUGAAGUGUGACAACAUCUUCGUCACCGGGACCACAGGAUCUGUCAAAAUCGGCGACCUUGGUCUGGCCACACUCAAGAACAGGUCUUGUGCCAAGUCAGUUAUUGGUACUCCAGAGUUUAUGGCCCCAGAAGUGUAUGAAGAACAUUAUGACGAGAUGGUAGAUGUGUACGCGUUUGGAAUGUGUAUGAUGGAAAUGGCCACCUUAGAAUAUCCUUACAAGGAAUGUUCAGGACCUGCACAGAUUUAUAAGAAAGUUACAACAGGAGUGCGUCCUCAAAGUUUUUUGAAGAUAGAGGAUGAGGAUGUUAAAUACAUUGUUGAUUGGUGCACAAGACUUCAGAAUAUUGAAAGACCAACUGUGAAAGACCUACUGAACCAUGAGUUCUUUCAAGAAGAGACUGGAAUCAAAGUUGACCUCACCAAUAAGGAAGAAGCUUUGUUAAGUGAUUCUGGGAAUGUAACCCUAAGAUUACGUGUAGUUGAUCCCAAGAAACGCAAAGACAAACACAAGGAGAAUGAAGCCAUCCAAUUUGACUUUGAUAUUAAUAAUGAUAAUCCAGAUAAGAUUGCAGAGGGCAUGGUUAAAAUGGGGUGGAUAUUUGAAGAAGAUGAAAAGACAGUGGCAAGGAUGAUUGCAAGUCAGAUUAGCAAUUUGACAAGAGAAAGGGAAGAACGUCGCAAAAAGGAGGUUGUCGAAAAAGAGAAACAACUGGAAGAACAGCAGCUUCAGCAACAAGUUCAGGAGAUUGCUCCACAGCAACCACAGGAGCAGCCAUUACAACCAUCUCCUCAACUUCAGCCCCAGACACCUCAACCUGUUCAGUCAGCUCAGCCAAUUCCACCUCAGCCUACUCAACAGCUGCAGCCACAGCAGAUUCAACAGCCACCGCAACCAAUGCAGCAACAGCCACAACAGAUACAGCAGACACAGCAACAAAUACAACCAACAUCACAACCAAUGCAAACACCUCAGCCAAUACAGCCAACACCCCAGCAAAUACAACAGCCACCACAGCAGAUACAGCAGCAACCACAGCAGGUGCAGCAGCAACCACAACCAAUACAACAGCCACAACAGUUGCAGCCACAAGCACCAGUGCCACAGCAACAGGCCCCACCACCUUUGCAAACCCAGACUUCUGUACAACCACCAGUAUCUGUACCCAUUCAACAGAGCCAACCCCAACAAACUAUUCCUCUAGAUCAGCAGCAGCCGGCACAACCUCCUCAGCAAACAACGCAACAGAUGCAGCCAAAGCAGGAGCUUCAGCAGCAAAUGGUCAUUGAAGCAGUUCCUCAGGAACAGCAAGGUGAAAAUGUAAGAGAAAGUGGCUACUAUACCUUGACACCAGGUAGUGAAGGCCAGCAGACAAUUACUCAGGAUGCCCAGUUUUAUGGUUCCAGCUAUGGUUAUGGAAAUUACCAAAGUAGUUCCUCACAGUAUCAGCCAGUCAGUGUUGGUUUUCAGUCACAGCCCCAGUAUCCACAAGCUGGUGCCGUUGCAGUGUCAGUAUCACAGGCAUACAUACCAACAAGUGGUUUUCAACAGGUUCAGCAGCCUGUUCAGCCUGCUGCUCAGCAACCAACUUCUGUUCCUCAGCCUUCAUCUCAGCAGGUAGAUCAGCAACAUCCUGAAUAUUUCAGUAGUAUAAGUUCUCAAGUGUGUGGUAGUACUGCAGGUGCUGCUGCUUUACUUUCAUCACAGCACCAUGUGGGAAUUCCUCAGUCACAGGUCUUAACAUCUCAGGGAGUUAUAAUUGGUUCUCCUCCUGUGGCAAUAGGUUCACAAGCUUUGACUGUUCUCAGCCAUCCUGUUGUCAUGGCUUCAGUGCCUAUGAUGGUGCCUUCUGUACCUUCCGUGGCAGCUGCCAUGUCCCAACAGCCAGCUGCUGCAGCGGUAGUUAUGUCACAACCUUCAGCUGCUGUGAUGACACAGCCUUCUGUUGGGGUCAUUGCCAGUCAGCCAACUGGAAUUACAUCACAAACGCCAAUUCUUGCCCCACAGCCAGUUGUUCUACCACCUCAGCCAACGCCUCUUAUGUCCCAACCACAGCCUGCAUUAAUAUCCUCACAGCCAGCGAUGAUGUCUUCACAAGCUCCUAUACUUCAUCCUCAGUCACAAGUAAUUUUUUCUGGUGGGUCAUCAACAUCUGUUGUAGGCUCAGAAACGCAGUGUGUUAUACCUCCAGCAGUGGUUGGUCAAGCUCCAGGAGUGGGAACACAGCUUCCAGCUAUAGUGGGACAACCUCCAGCUGUAGUUCCUCAGCCAGUCAUACCCUUGCCUAUAUCAACACAGCCCCAGCCCAUCAUCCCACCUGUUGCCAGUGGGACAAGUAUAUUGAUACCUGGCAGCAUUCCACAAGUUAUUCCAGCUGUAUCUUCACAGUCUGCAUUGCUGUCCUCUCAGGUUCCGGUUCCAUCAUCAGUUGUGUGUGCAAAUGUUCCAGCAUCAAUAACAUCAGAAACGGUUACUUCCGAUGUAUCUGCAGAUGUAACCAUGCCAGGUGCCGCUGAAGUAAUUCUACAGAGAACUGCUACUUCUGCCUCUGAAUUGGCAGCUACAACUGCACAAGUUAUAUCAACUCUAAGUCUCAUUCAGUCUCAGCAGACAGUUUCACUUACACAACAAGAAGCCUCAGUGCAGCAUGUUGGUGGUAUCCCUGCACAGCUAGGAAGUGUGACAACUCAGCCAGCGUUUUUACAGUGUCAGCCAUCCGUAGUCCCUUCUAUACCAGGAGUAGUCUCGUCUGUAACACCCAUUGGAACUUCUCAGUCAUCUGCAAUCACCAGCGAUGCAAGUCAGCUGGAGAAUUCCCCUUCACCUCAGAUGCUGACGGAUUUGCAUUCCCACCUGGUCAACGACAGGCCUGGUGGCAAUGGUCUGGAGAGUGUCUCCAACUUCGCCAUCACAAGCAACAUCAUCUCAACUACCUGUACCACUUCCACAACCACAACUACAACAUUCUCUACUCAAUCCCACUUUGACCCCAGCGCUGCCUCUGAAAGUGAGAACAGCGAACAUCCUGCAGAUGGAUCCAGCAACAAGCAGCAUGCAGAACGCAAGAAGAUACGAAGAAAGAAAACUCUGGAUCGGUUCCCCAAGCUUAAUGUGUUAUCAGUCACAGAUACCAUGGUUGAAUGCCAACUUGAAACUAUUAAACAGAAGACAAUAACAUUCAAGUUCGACAUAACUGACAAUGACCCUCAAGAUGUAGCAAAUAAACUGGUUAUGACCAAUCUCCUACCUGGAAAUCAUGCUGAAGUUGUCAUCAAUUACAUUGAAGAUAUCAUUAGACAACUUCAGGAAAACCCAAAUGUCCUGCCAACAGUUUCAACUCCAGGUUUAGAUUCCCGAAGCCAGCAUCAUUCACAAGAUGGUCAGGCAAGAUCUCCAUCAGUAACCAGAAGACAUCGAGAUGACAACGACACUCGGGCUCGGUACCUGGCCAGGAAGCUGAGUCGAUCCUCCCCUAAACGGCGGCGGCGACACAGCUCACAGAGAGAUGAGGAAGGAGACAGUGCUCCAGGUACCCCAAAUAAGCGUGUAGAGCCACGUGAAUCAUCACCACAAGUUCAAACAAGUCCUGUUCAUCAGUCUCAGUUACCACAAGCUGUAGAACAGCAGCAGGUAUUGACAACUGUUCCUCAAGUAGACCCAACACAGUUGUCUCAACAGCAAGGUCUAACAAUUCAGCAGACACAACAGCCAGAUGUAGACAAAGAGAAGUCAGCUGAGCAAGUAACAACUACUCUACAAGCUCCAGCUGUAAAUGCCUUACAACAGCCAGUUUCAACACAGCAAGCACCACAGCCCCCACAGGCUUUCAGAAAGUCACGCUUCCUGGUGAGUCCUGUGGUAGAGAGCAAACUACUUCCUGGGGAGGACGUGAGUGGGGGAACAGGGAGUGUGGCCGUCCAGCAGCAGCCUUCCUCCUCCUCUGCAGCCCCCACUUUACAAUUAGAGGAUUCCCCUCAAUCUGACUCCGUGCCUGCUACUUCUGCUGCUCUGCUUCCUCCCUUAGCACCUUCUUCCACCUCUGUGCUUACUCCAUCACAAGACCUACAGACAAGUGAUGGCAUGGUUGGUGUCCAAGGGACAGGUGGCAUUACUCCUGCACCUAUCUCUGCCUCUCAGCCAGGGUCAGGGGGCCCCACUCCACCUUUGCACUGUACUCCAGAGAAUACUUAUGUAGCAGAUCAGCCUCGACUCUCACAGCAAAAUUCAUUAGAGAAGAAUGACAGCAUUACGUCAAACAGCAACUUAUCUGAGUUGGCUCGCAAGUUGCAACAACUGCAGACUACUGGAGGAUCUGUAACACCCUUGACAUUGCCACCAACCCACACUGUGCCACCUUUUAAUGCUCCUAUAUCAGCACCAAGCCAUCCAAGCACACCUACCACUUAUAGUACCCCACCUACUUUCAAUCAAGAACUUAAUAUGCAGCUUGCAGGGGUGCUGAGUUCUGGGGCAACGCGGAAUACACGGGCCCUCUGGUCACCGUCUGUGAACUACAAAACCUGCCCUGCCUUCUUCCACGUUUUGGCACCAGAGGGCGGUGGCAGUGGUAGCGGAGUUGGUGGAAGCAUAAGUAGUGGUGGUGGAAAUGGUAGCAUUGCAGGACUGACAGUAUCUAGCUUGGGUGUGCCUGUACAAGAAGCAAAUGUUGUGACCCAACCACUUGGUCCUCAGUAUACUCAUCGUACAACAGACAUCCCGCCUACAGAAGUUAUCCAGCAGGUUGCAUGUGAGGUGGAGGGCAAGGAGGGUAUGCGUUCCCUCCCGCUGCCUCAUGGUCCACUGCACAUGCAUCCGGGCGGUGCUCUCACAAUCGUCGUUACUCCCCCAUUACCUCCACUGAACCAGGCCUUGCAGUCCGAAUUUCAGGGCGUUCCAAUUAUGGGUACAGAAGAACAGGGAGUUAUCAUGCCUCCUGCAGUCACUAGUGCAGUGGAUGUUGCACCUCUAGUUGCAGAGUCUGUGCUACCAGCUUCACAAAUGACAACAGAAACCACAGUACCUUUAUCAAGAGAACCUUUGCCUAUUGCAAUCGGUGAAAUGACAUUGCCAGUUAGUGCCAACAUAUUCCAGACAAAUUUUCCUGCAAAUUUCCAACCAGUGUCUGAUCCAGCUUUGGACCAUAUGCAGCACAUAGCAAUGUUGAACACAGGUGUGACUGCAACUAGUGUAGGUGUAAUGCCAGGUAUGGGCAUAGCAGGACAGCCAGCUACAAUACCCACAGCUAUGGCACAAGGCAUGGAUAUGCCUGGAGCAGCAUUAGGUAUUCCUACAGAAGUUAGAUUAGUUGCAAUGGACCCAAGCCCAGAGCAGCGUGGUAAAAUGGAUUUGAAUGCUCUGAAGGAGCAGUUGCAGAAACUUGUGCCUGGUGCUCAUCUUACUGUCACUUCUCAAACUCCACAGGAUACCAUCAAUUCUGUGGCACCUACAAUGGAAGGUCUUGCUAGUGAAUAUCAUCAAGUGUCACUGAAUGAUGCUCAACCUCACAUGAGCAUACCACUUGCUCAUGAUGGGACAGCUGUAAGAGUUACCCCUGUCAUGCUCCCACAGACCGUUAGAUUAGUCACAGGGGAAACAGUGGAAAUUUUUCCUCGGCAGUAUGCUGCUAUGAUGCCUGUUAAUUUAGAUGGUACGCCUGCUGCUACACCUGCAAGUUUUGUAACAACUAUGUCACCCUUACCACAAAGAAAGGAAAUGUUGUCUCGAACACCAUCACUUAAAGAAUCAGAAGGAGAAACAAAAUCAGAUGCAGGUGAUGCAAGGCAGACUAGAAUAGCACGUUUCCAAGUUACAAAAGUUGUUGAAGAAUCUGGAAGAAGAGCAUCAGAUGCAUCUACCUGUAGCAGUCCAGUGAGUUCUCCUGUACGCAGAGGAAGAUUUGCUGUUAUGAAAGUGGCUGAAUCAACUGAAUCAGCAGGUAGCACUCCAGUAGGCACAGGUCCUGCCGUUGGCCAGACUGAAUCCCAGUCACAAGAAAACACCUGCGGUGAUCCUCAGGUUGAAACUCCAUCAGAUCCUCAAUUUUUGCCAUCGUCUCUUGUCUCAUCUUUUGUAUCUGAGGAUCCUGAAACUACUACUCCAGCCACACCUGCUGCUGAAGAAGACAGUUUAAGUCAACAGCCGUCAACUAAUGACUCUAGUGAUGAUCGUUUACCAACUCCAGAUGGCAGCCAAUUCAGUAUAGUUGUUACUAGACCCUCUGGCGAUAGCUGGCAGCCCCAGUCCCAGCCUUCAUCCUCAUUCUCCUCCUCCUCCUCUGCCCCUCAUGUGCAGGUACCCAGGUGUGAGAGGACUUCCCCCUCUCCUACUUAUUCCCCUCCACAUCCCCAUUUGAAUGCAACUCAAACACAGAAUGUACUGACUCUACCAAAAGAACAUGUAAUUCCAAGUAACAGAUUGAGAGAGAAAUGGCGUAAAAGGUCAAGAUCUCCAAAUAUUAUUAUUCCUACUAGGGCUAAAAGUUUUAGUAGCUUGUUGUCACCAGAGGACCAUACUAAUAGAGCACCUUAUUCCCCAGAAGAAAAUGUUCCCUUGCUUCAUGCUGGAUUUGAGAAAGGUGCCAUUUCUAAGAAAUGGGAUGGAAAAAGGACAGCAUCAAUUGGACACGAGUUUCAUAUGAGUGUUUCUUAUGAUGAUGAUUCGGAUGAGGCAUUUGAAAAUAAAUAUUAUAUUUCAAGAAGUCAGGGUCAUGAUUGUCGUCCCCCAUCACCUUCAGCACUAAGAGCUGGUGACAUUCACCCUCAUUUAUCAAGAAGUCGCAGUCGUGAGCGUCUUCCUUCUUCUCCAUCAUCAGUAAAAUCUCCUAUAUCACCAAAAUCUCAGGGAACAUCAAACAAAAUCAGCCCUGUUCCCCCACCAAUUCCUCCCAGGAAUAAACUUUUAAAAUCAGCUCUGAAAAAGACUAACAGUGUGAACUGGCUUGAUCGAAGUAGUAGCAUUGUAGACUUGGGAAAUUUAUUUGAAGAAGUGAAGCAGUCUCGAGAAGCUUUGCAUAAGUCAAGAGAAUCGUUGCACAAGUCUAGGGAGUCACUUAAUCGCUCAGUUGAUAAAAGCAAUUUGAGUGUAUUCAAUCCUUUAUCUCGCGCAAAAAGUGUAUCCCACCUGCAGCACGUGGGGUUAAGUGCUGCCAGAGAUUCCGGAUUAUCCCAUUCUACUUGGGAGUUGGGUGAACCUAGCAAUGUUUCAUUCUUUCCUCCUUUGCGUGCUACUAGCAGUGUUAGCUUUAGUGAAGAUCCCCAGGACAGUAAGUAUGCUGCUACUCAUGGGUCUAAACAAAGCCCAGCUAUGAGACGUUUGACUAGACAGGAUAGACAUCACAGCGUACAUGAAGAUUCUGUAUACCAUACUGUGCACACACCAUCUCAUGCAAGUGCACCAAGGAGAAUAAAUUCAUCUCGUUAUCCUCUAACUCUUCAUCCUCCUGCAUUCCAAGAUGAUGUUUACUAUACUAUACAAGGAGGAACUGGAGUGACUCAGCAUUAUCAAAAAGAAGAGCUUCAGUCAUGGCCUAGAUUGUCAUCUUCUCCAAGACCACGUUACAGACACCAUUAUCCAUCCAGUUCUAGCAGUGAAGAGGGGUUUGAAGAUGAUAUUUCUGUUUAUGAGCCCCUUCAAGAAUAUCCCUCCGGAAUGCUGUCACCUGAGAUUCAUAAUCCUUAUUGUGCAUCUGAAGCAAUACAAAUUUCCCCACAGUCUCCCAAAUAUAAUCGUUACCACCACUCUCCGCCACCACACUCACAUUAUUAUCGAUCAUCACCCCCAAGGAGUCCAAAAUGUCAUACUUUUUCUCCUUCUCCAAAGUCUACCCAUCAGUAUCUCCCUCCUUUCCAUCAUAGCCAAAGCCAUUUGAUACAUUCUGGUCCUGUUCCAAUGCCUUCUCAUUGCUGUCAGUCCUCUCAUUACCCACCUGCCUGCAUGCCCCAUAGCUCGUCUCACCCCCACAGUAUUCGACCGUGGGCUUCGUCCUCAGCCCAGCUUGACAUGUACCAUUCGUACACUUGGACCGAAGAAGAAUUGGAUACUGUGAAGAAUGACUUUGAAGACUUGUCAGAGGAUGAUGACAGCUUCCAGCAACUAAUUUACAAGCAAGAACAUGAAGAGGCCGAAAUGAGAAGGCGGCAUCAACAGGAAAGGGAAGCAUUUAGAGUCCUUCGUAAGCAGCGUACACAGAACAGAAGGCCACAGAGCUUACGGUUAGUGAAUUCUCCUGGGCCUCCUACACCUGUUACUACACCUGCAUCUCCUCAUUACCAUACUGAAGCAUCUCAAGGGGAAGGUAUUGAGCAUCCAGUAGGAACUGCACACGGGCCUCCCAUUUCAGCCGAUAACUCUGGUGAUGCAUCCAGUUGUGCCCUGACAUCUGGGAAGAAAGGGCGCACAAUAUCUGAAGAUAUGCUACAGUUAGUUCAAAAUUUAGGUACCCCUCGCCCAACGUUUAGGCCUGCAGGGAAGAUGACCCUUAAUCAGAUGAUGGCACUCCAAAAAUCUUCAGCUACAGUGCCAGCACUAGGGCAGAGACCAGUUUAUCACAGUUUAGGAAUAGCAGCUGCACCCUUCCCCGGCCAGUUCUUUUCUUCAGCAUAUAACACAUUCCCUUACACAUACCAGCGGCUGCCAGACGGCUCUGUAGUGGCUACAUCCCAGACAGAGGAAGUGUCGGGAGUUCCGUCAAGUACUAGUAGUAGUGUCGGUAAUAUUCAACAGACUCCUACAACUAGUGCUACUUGGGGUAACUGGCAGCAACAGCAGUAGGUGUGGCUAACAUUCCAAGCUCCCACUCAGGGACAGGAACUUGCAUCUGUGAUCCUGUAUUGUGUACUGUACUCAACUGAAGGACUUCCAGGCAACAGCUCUUGAAACUGUGCAUGUGCAAAUAGGAGGGAUAUUGUUUGUCCCUGUUAUAUGGAUUCAAUACUGGGUAUUGUCCAUUGUAAAGGGGUUGAAUACAGUGUUGCAUUGUUUCCAGUGCUUGUUGUAGGAGUUCCUACUAGUCAUUUAAUAGAAGGGAUGAGUUUGCUAAAGAUUUUGUUAAAUUUCAGCAUUAAAUCAUAUCAGUGUUAAAUGAGUCAUCCAUUCUGUUUUUAUUUCAUAUGACUAGGUUUAUUGUUUGCUAUAGUAACCCUUUUUUUUAUUACUACUACAGUUCCAUGACUGAGAACAAGUGUAUCUUUUAUUAGGUAAUUUGAUUAUUCGUAAAGAAACACCUCCCUAUGUUCAUUUGUUAUAAAUAUGAACUAGGGAUAAAUUGUGUAUAUGUUGUAUUAUAUGUACAUUGACAGUUGUACAGUGAGGGGAUGGGAAAGGGACUGUGAUAAGUACUGGUGUAGAAAAUCAAAGAAGACUAGGCUCGUCAUUAGAGAUAUAUACCCAAGUGUAUGUGGGCCAAAACUUGAUGAGUCUUCCAUCAAACAUGUGGAGGCAUCACACAAAGUUUAAAUGUGUGGACAUUGGAGUAGAUGAGUGAUAGUGCCUACAAGUGAGGAUAAUAAAUUACUGAGCCAGCAUCCUUCAAGAUCUUUCUAUCCAGGCUUCUCAAAAUAGUGAUAUGAUAAUGUAUCAGCCUAGCCAGAAUUAUUUUCCAUUUUUUAUUGCACACAUUGCAUUGCAAUAGCAGUGGUUUAGGGUCAAGGCCAAUAUAUUGUAUUAAUAUUGUGAUUGAAUUUGGUGCUACUGCCCUUUAUAUGUGCAGUAUCUUUAUUUGGGAGUUUAUUCAUAUUUAGAUGAAAAAUGUUGAAUUGAUAUUAAAAUCUUUGAGUGAAGAAUUAUGUUCAGUUGCUUAAGGUGUAAGACUCAGCCAAAGUAAGGAUGGAGGGGGUUGCUUUUCUCAUUUAGAAUUAGCAAGUAUGUUUGUGGCAAAUUAAAAUGUGUGCAUCACCUAUAUAUUAUAAGCAUACAUUAUCUUGUACCAUCACAGAAUUGGAGCAUGAAUUUUUUUCUAAAUUUUUAAACAAAACCAAUUUUUAUGGUGUUAUUUCAGUAAAAUAUUAAGAGGUAAUUAUAAAUUGGUAACAUGAAAUUUACAUGUAGGUUGAUUCUGUCAACCACCACUGGCCGGUAGUCAGAUUUAUACUACAAUAUGUAGCCUAUACUGUUCAUAGAUCAAACUGUUUAUCAUUAACCAGCAAUUUGGCAGAAGCCUUGUUGAAAUGUAGUGAUUUUUUGUUCCUCUACCACGUAGCAUAUAUAUAUAUAUUUAUAUCAGUAUAUAUAUAUAGAUACAUAAUGUGUUGACUGACAGUAUAGGCAAGUUACCUUUCUCCUGCUUCAUAUCUUGACCAGUAACCCAUGUAUGAUCCCAACACUGGUUUGUUAUGUACUUCACUGCUUACGCUAACUACCAGGUAGAUAUAUCAUCAGUUGCCGUGCCGUAAGCGCCUCACGUGCAUUUCAUGUCUCCAUUCUUACUGGGAUAUUGCUAUGCUUCAGCUUAGAAAACAAUAAAAUAGGCAAACUAAUAAUCUUUUUAUUGUGCCUAUUAUAAUUAUUUAUGAUACCUUCCUCCCAGGCAUAGAAAUUGAUCAACAAUAUUAACUGAAGUUGAGUCAGGGUGGUGCUGAGCUUGUCCAAUUUUGUAGGUACUGCAAUUAUUUUCCCCUGUUUUCCUAAGUAAUAUCGCUUUUUCUCUUAUGCCUACAUUUCUAUUUAUGUAUGUAAUUUAGAGUAAUAUUGUAAUAUAUUUUAUAUGGAGUAUUCAUUUUUUGUAAUACAAGAAGUGUAAGUUACUAAAAUUUCCACUAUUAUUGUUAGGUUUGACAACUGUCUUUUGUGUUUGCAGUUUUUAAAGGGACAUGGGACUCAGCACUUCUUGCCUCGGCAUAUGGUCUCACCUGCAGCCUGCCAUGCAGUCAUCUGCUAACUGAACUACAUAUUAAUUCCAUGAAAAUCCACUUAUUAUAUUGUGCUGUAUAAAUAUAUUGUAUAAUAUUUAGACAUGAUCAAAUAAAGUGGUGCAAAAUUUAUAAAA